GAUAUCCCCAUCGAUGUCGAGACAGUGACGCCCACACCCAUGCCACUCUAUGACAACCAGAAGGCGCGCAGCGUGAUGAACGAGUGCGAGCGCCAUGUGAUGUUUGCUCGCACGGAUGCUGAUGCCCCUCCGCCGCCAGACGACUGGGAGGAACACAUCAACAGGACGGGUUGGACGAUGGCCCAGAACAAGCUAUUUAAUAAGAUUCACAAAGCGCUGCAGUCUGACAGACUGGCUCGCUUGGCUAACGAAGGGGCUUGCAACGAGCCUGUCCUGAGGAGGAUAGCGGUGGACAAAUGUGCUCGGAGGGUUCGCCAAGCUCUGGCGAGUGUGAACUGGGACACCAAACUGAUCCAGUGGCUUCACACGACGUUAGUGGAAACCCUCAGCUUGCCAGUGCUGGCUGCUUACUUGGAUGCUCUGCAAACGCUUAAAGGAAAGAUUCCCAGCCUGAUCGACAGGAUGCUGCUCUCCUCUACUGCGAAGACGGGGGCAGCGGGUGCUGAGGCCCUGUCUCUGCUGCUGAAGAGACCUUGGGACCCCGCAGUGGGUGUCUUGUCCCAUAAUAAACCAAGCAAAUUGCCUGGUUCCCCCCUCAUCCUGAUUGCUUCCUCUGGGCCCUCCAACUCCAUGUUCCCCACUUCUCGACGGCACCGAUUCUGGCAGUCACAGCUUUCCUGCUUGGGAAAGGUGAUUCCCAUCGCCACCCACCUGUUGAACAACGGCAGCGGGGUGGGAGUGUUGCAGUGUCUGGAACACAUGAUCGGGGCGGUGAGGGGCAAAGUGGCAGAGAUUCACAACCACUUCUCUCACAAGCCGAUCAUCCUGAUCGGGUGGAACACGGGUGCCUUGGUGGCCUGUCACGUUUCAGUGAUGGAGUACGUCACUGCCGUUGUGUGCCUUGGAUUCCCACUUCUCACCGUUGAUGGCCCCAGAGGGGAUGUUGACGACCCCCUCCUGGAGAUGAAGACCCCUGUCCUCUUUGUGAUCGGUCAGAAUUCCCUGCAGUGCAACAUCGAAGCGAUGGAAGAUUUCCGGGAGAAAAUACGAGCUGAUAACAGCAUGGUGGUGGUGGGAGGAGCAGAUGACAAUCUCAGGAUAAGCAAAGCCAAAAAGAAGUCAGAAGGCCUGACCCAGAGUAUGGUGGACAGGUGCAUCCAGGAUGAGAUAGCUGACUUCUUGACUGGAGUCCUCACCCGAGCAGAGAGCCACUUGGGCUCCGAUCCUCGUGACCUGGAUGCUGAGAAGAAGAAGAAGCCGCGCGACUCGACCCGGAGGGAUCUGUCUUUUGACUUGCCAGAAAGAAGCAGCAGGCCAGCCUCGCCGGCGGCCAAAGUGCCUGCAUCGCCUUCGGGCUCAGAGGACUUAUCCAGCGUCUCCAGCAGCCCCACGUCAAGCCCCAAGACUAAAAUGGCUGCUGUCUCGUCCAUCCAGAAGCCCAGCCAGAUCGGCACCACGCAGCUGCUGAAGAGGCAGGUGCAGAGGACGGACACUGUCCUGACGCACAAGCAGGCACAAGCUCAGUUUGCUGCUUUUCUGAAACAAAACAUGCUGGUGAGGAAAGCUCUUCCUCCUGGCACCUCUUCAUGUCUCUUUGUUCCAGUCUCCUCAGAGCACUCGGAAGGGGCUGAGAAAGAUGAUGUGCGUAUGCAGCUGAAGAGGCAUCAGACCCCCAGCCCGACCCAGUGCACCAAAUCCUCCAAACGAGCCAAAAUCAAGGUGACCAUUGUCUCUCACGGAGAUGCUGCUGGCGUGGGGAACGGAGCACCCCUCACCACCCAGGCAGAAAUUGUCGCUGGAAAGCCGGUCCCCAUGGCUGUCGGCCAGUCUGUGUCGGGCGCAAAGGAGCUGUCAGGACUGCUCACCGCCCCCAAGCUGAGUUCGGCAGCAGAACCCUCUUCCACGAGCCCUGCUCCGUCUGCUGUGAUCCCCAGCAGCACGGCACCCAGCGCUUUCCAUGCCCUGCAGAGCAGACUGGUGGCCAGCAGCGCCCACUGCAUGCAGGCCCAGCCAGCCAGUACCCUCCAAGGAGCAGCGUCUGCCAGCAGCCUGCUGCAAGGGCUGAGCUUCAGCCUGCAGGACAUCGGGACCAAGUCAUCAACCCUUCCUGCCAGCGUGGCUGCCUCCGGGCCUCCUGUGCAGACCUCAGCUGUGAAGACACCCGCGCCUAUCCAGAACCUGAGUGCCAUAACCACGGGCACCGGCACAAUUGUCCGCACCAUCCCGGUUGCCACCUCUUUGUCUCUGGGAGCCUCAGCGAGCGGGAAGCCCACGGCCAUUCAUCAGCUGCUGACAAACGGGGGACUGGCGAAGCUGGCCAGCAGUCUCCCUGGCUUGGCUCAGAUCUCCAACCAGGCGGCAGGCCUGAAGGCCCCGACGACCAUUACUGUGACGCUGCGUGGGCAGCCCAACCGCAUGACCACGCUUAGCCAGGCUGCGAUGGGGACUGUCCAGCCCCAGCUCGAGGAACAGCCAAUGCAGACGCAGGCACCUCAG